UUCUCAGAAGGGGAGCCGCUCAAAGGUUCCACAUAAAUCCAACAAUGAGCGCGCGACAAAAUGGUGUUCCGUCGGGAAACAGCUCUAAUGGGCCACCCAUACAUUGGCCUAACCCAAGAAUGCUUUUUACAGGGCCCGACUAUAACAGGGACCACCGCGUCACUGUGCAGCCAGAGAACCGGAUGGUGGGAAUAGGGACCAUGUCCAAGGAGGGGACCAGCGAGUCGGACUACCUGUGGCGGGCCGCACCCAGGACCCCCUACCCCCGCUCCAAGACCACCAUGGUGGGGGGGAUAGGCUGGGGGAUUCAGGAGUUUACGGACUGGUCCUUGCCUAUCACGGGGAGACAGGUCAUGAUGGGAGAAUUCCGACAGGAACUCGAAAACAGUCAUUCGCACAAGUACCAAAACCCAUGGUAUCCGGGGCCCAAUGAUGAGGUGGACCCCAACUCGGACGAGGCCAUGGUGAUGAACGUGUACAAGCGUCGCCCGGCCACGACAGUGCCGCAGCCAUCAGGUACAUGUUCACGUCCCUGGCGUCACAGAGGACGCACGCCGGCAGCCACGCCCUUGUACACAGUCAACACAUUCACCGUCACUACUUCGUCAGGCACCAAGGCCGCCCCCACGUCAGAUGUCCCCCCGGAGAGUCAACCAGUUAAAGCAUAUUAGGAAGAAGUAUAAAGUCAUCUUUACCAGAGCCCUGCCAGGGAAGGUGCAAUAGACAACGAAAUCAACAUAAAACAGCUGGUGCUCAUACCAAGAUGUACAUUUCACAGGGCGUUCCUAGUUACCAACUUGAUCUUGUUGGAUCAUGCAAAACAAAGUCUAUAUUUUUUUGUAAAUGACUGUAUAUUGCUGUCAUGGUAAAUGCAUUAGUGUCAUUUAGCCGGGUGUAUUUGUAACCUUAUCAAAACAAUGAAAUGAUUAACCGACAGUAACACGUGAUAACUUUUCGUUUACUUUGUUAAAAUGCCUAUCUUGUUAGGAACAUCCUGAAAUGACUAUUGAAUUUUAAUGAAAAGGUACUGCAUAUGGAAGCACCAAUAAUAUAAUCCUUUAAAUAAGCAAAGGUAAUAUUUGUAACAGGGUAUUUGUUCUAUUUAGAAAAAGAGAAUUGUCAUAAAAUCCCAAAUGGAAAUUAUUUGUUCAAGUAGUGGUGAGUUAGAUUUGAAUAUCCUUUGUCGAUGUUAUGACUUUAUUUAUUGUUAUAAUGUACCAAUGUUUUCAUGACUUUACCAGUCAGUAUUAUUUUCAACAAUCUCAACUUGACAUAAUCAGUUUCUUAUUCUGACAUGUCAGACUGGAUUCUAAUUUAUUUAUUUACCUUUCCAAUUAAUCUCUGCUGUUUUUGUAAAUAAAUGUUCUGACUUCUGUAAAA